AUGCCCCGCCUUUCUGCGGCUCGCUACGGCAAGGACAAUGUCCGCGUGUGCAAGGUGGACAGGGCCGAGGAUGGUGUGCACACAGUGACGGAGAUGAUGGUUUGCUGUCUGCUAGAGGGUCAGAUCGAAGAGUCCUACACGGUGGCGGACAACGGCCCCGUCGUAGCGACCGACUCCAUCAAGAACACCAUCUACAUCAAGGCCAAGGAGCUCCCCGUAAACCCGCCGGAGCUGUUUGCCAGCACCCUAGGCCAGCACUUCCUGGACAAGUACCCGCACAUCUCUGUCGCCAACGUCGACAUCAGCCUCUUCCGCUGGACGCACAUGUCCAUUGACGGCAAGCCGCACCCCCACAGCUUCUACCGCGAUGGCGACGACAAGCGCAAGGUCACGGUUCGCGUGACGCGGGAGGGCAUCGACAUCAAGAGCGCCAUCGCGGACUUGCUGGUUCUGAAGAGCACGGGAUCCAUGUUCUACGGCUUCGUAAGGGAUGAGUUCACCACGCUGCCCGAGACCUGGGAUCGCAUCCUGUCCACGUCUGUGGACGCCGCCUGGAAGUGGAAGACGCUGCCCAACCUGGCCGCCGUGAAGGACAAGGUGGCCAUGUUCGACAAGGCGUUUGCGGACGCGCGGAACAUCACCAUGAAGACUUUUGCCGAAGAGAACAGCCCCUCGGUUCAGAACACCAUGUACAAGAUGUGUGAGCAGAUCCUCGAGGCGGCCCCCGAAACUGCUGCGGUUACCUAUGAGUUGCCGAAUAAGCACUACUUUGAGCACGAUCUGUCAUGGCACAACGGCAUCAAGAACACGGGCAAAGACGCCGAAGUGUACAUCCCUCAGUCUGGACCCAACGGCCUCAUCAAGUGCGAAGUAUCGCGCGACUGA